AUGGCGACGAAUUCUAUCAAGCUUUUGACUGGCAACAGUCACCCAGAGCUGGCCAAUCUAGUUGCAGACAGGCUAGGCAUCGAAUUGACCAAGAUCAUGGUCCUACAAUACUCGAACCAGGAAACGAGCGUAACGAUUGGAGAGAGUGUCCGAGAUGAGGACGUAUUCAUCCUGCAAUCCACCCGGCCGAACGAUAUCAACGACGGAUUGAUGGAGUUGCUUAUUAUGAUCAAUGCCUGCAAGACUGCUUCCGCGCGACGUAUCACCGCUGUGAUCCCGAAUUUCCCCUACGCCCGCCAGGACAAGAAGGACAAGAGCCGUGCACCGAUUACAGCUAAGCUCAUGGCGAACAUGCUGCAAACAGCCGGCUGCAACCACGUCAUCACCAUGGACCUUCACGCCAGUCAGAUCCAGGGCUUCUUCAACGUCCCCGUCGACAACCUAUAUGCUGAGCCCAGUAUGCUCAAGUGGAUUCGGGAGAACCUUGACGUUAGCAACUGUGUGAUCGUGAGUCCCGAUGCCGGUGGUGCUAAGCGGGCUACUGCUAUUGCCGAUCGAUUAGACCUCCAGUUCGCCUUGAUUCACAAGGAGCGCCCUCGUCCGAACGAAGUUUCGCGAAUGGUCCUUGUCGGCAGCGUGAAGGACAAGGUUGCUAUCAUAGUUGAUGAUAUGGCCGAUACCUGUGGAACCCUCGUCAAGGCCGCCGACACAGUGAUGCAGCACGGUGCAAAGGAAGUCAACGCCAUUGUGGUGCACGGUAUCCUUUCCGGCAAGGCCAUCGAUAAUGUGAACAACAGCUGCCUGAAGCGUAUCGUUGUGACCAACACUGUCCCUCACAAGGAGAAGAAGGAGGCCUGCGACAAGAUCGAGACCAUUGACAUUAGCCCUACGCUUGCUGAGGCUUGCCGGCGAACUCACAACGGCGAGUCCGUUAGUUUCCUGUUCUCCCACACGGUUGCCUAG